AAAAAGCAAAUCAAUUAGGAUUUGAGGAAAAUGAAGUUACAGUAUUGGAUGAAGCUACAAAAUUGAAUAAAGCUACAGAAUUGGAUGAAGUUGCAGAAUUAGAUGAAGAUAUACAAAUAAAUAAUACAUAUAAAAGUUUAGAAGAUAAAGAAAACAAAUAUUAUACUAAUAAGAAUGAUUAUAUUAAUCAUUUAGUAGAAUCUCAAGAAAUUAAUAUUGUCAGUAAUAAUCUUAAAAAUAUGAGGUUAAGUGAAGAUAAUGAAGAGGAUAGUGAUUUAGAAUUAAGAAUUGGAAUCGUUAUUCAUUUAACCACAUAUAAUCAUUUAUUUAUUUUAUACGGUUAA